AUGGCGCAAAGUUCACAUGGAGGCAGUCAUCGACGUAGUCGUGACCAUGACGGUAGCUCAAUGCGGUACACUAACACUGAUUGGGAAGCUAAAGAAGCACUCUAUCAGCGAGAGUUGGACGAAGCACGGGCUCGAGCAACCCAGAUGGAAAAGACCAUGAGAUGGUGGUCAGACUGUACUUCCAACUGGAGGGAAAAGUGGAGCAAGGUACGUAACGAGCGUAACAAAGCUAGGGAUGAGGCCAAGCAAUUUAAAAAUAAAGUUGAUGUCCUGUCCAAAGAGCUAGCUGCUUUACGAACCGAAAAAGGGGAUUUAGAGCAACAAUUAAUAGAACUAAAGAAGGACAAUGAAAAGCUUCUAACUAUAGGGGAGAGUAGAAUAGUAUCAGGUGAUUUCACUGCUGAAGAGGGAGUCGAAUUGAGAAGAAAGAAUGUUGGAUACGUAUCCCCAAGUGAGCCUCUGCGCCAGAGGGCGUCCUUGGACUCGCACAAGUUUUCCAAUGUUGAUAACGCUCUCGCAAACAAGUUAAGUGAAUUGCGACUACGUUUAGAUGAAACGUGCAAAAGCUUACAAAGCGAGAAAGACCAAAAAGCGUUCCUUCUAGCAAAAAUUGAGAAUUUAACUGCAGAGUUACAUAACACUAAAAUGGAGCUAACACACCACGACCGGACGUUAGGGUCCGAUUCUAGUCACAGCGAAGUGGAAAGGCUACAAAAUGAACUACAAGAUGAAAUAGCUGCGAAACAAGUUUUAGAAGAAAAAAUAGCUGAAUACAAAAUGGAAAUUGAAAGGCUCAAAUCUGAAAAUACCAUUCAGUGGAGUAAGCGGGAGCUUCUAGAAACGGAAAAUAUAGCAAUAUUAAGAGAGAAUAAGAAACUGUAUAGUCAAGUUUGUGAGCUCAGAGAGCAAAUACACAAGUUAAAUAGAAUAUCAGACGGGAGCGCGUACGGGGUACCCUUUACUGAUCAUAAUAACAGAUUGGAUUCUAAUGUUCUAUAUGUUAGAAAGACCAGCGUCAGUCCAAGAUCUCAUGAAUCUAGUAAUGGUUCUUCUGAAGCGAAUUUGGUUCAUUACGAUGCCAAAACUAAUACAUCAGGCGAAGAGGACGAACUUGCGAUAGUCGAAAGAAAUGAAAAUACAUAAAGCUUACUUUUUAACAAUUUGGCGACAAAAUAUUCCCUCGAAUUUUCUUCGAGAAUUUGACGCUGUCAAGUAUAAUUAAGACCACGGGAUACGUAAAAAGUUUGGACAUGAAUGUCAAAAUCUGAUAUUUUAAAUAAGUGUUAUGUGAAUAGUCAUUAGUGCCUGGCUAAAUAUCACCCAGUACAAAUUAAAAUCGUUACUAUAAUUAAAAUCAAAUCGCUUAUUAUAACGAAUUUAUCGGCGGAUAUGAUAAAAAUAUUCCAGUUAACAUUCCGCGUCAUUAAUAAAUAAAAUAAAAGUAUUGCAUGUUCAUUUACAUAGAAAAAAAAAAAAAAACGUGCAUAAAAGUACUUUUGAAUAAAAAUAAAAAUCAGUAAACUGGCCUAAAGUUUUCGAAUAACUUUUGAAAGUUCGGUAACGUUGUAAUUAGUAGUAGUUAUAUUAAAUAAUAACCAGAGUUACAGAACAAAUAAUAACAAUAUUAUUCGGUGAUUGUAAGCUUUUAUUUUGGCGAGUUAUACUCAAACAGAGACAAAUUAAUCACUAUUUACAUUAUAGACAACCACUACUUCCCUGUCUAUCUACACCACUGAUGUAGAUCACCCUUUUUAAAUCAACUUUCAAUAAAUCGUAACUUCCAUACCCUAUAUUUAAGAUUAAUUUGGAAGAUAUACCUAAAAAAAUUUUGUAUGAAAACAUUUAUAUCGCCACAAGGUAAUUAUUAACACUUAACAAACGUUAAAAGAAUAUACUUAAAAAAAGUCUGUAUUUUUUCAAUAUAAAG